AUGAUGGGACAUUCGAGAAAUUUGUCUCAAGGACAACAUUUAAUUGGUACUGAACACCAUGAAGAGGAGGAAGAAAUUUUAAAUGAUACAUUAAAUAUAACCAAUUUACAUACAGAAUCAUCUAGAGUAUACUGUCCAGAUAAUCACCUACCAUCAUCACCUCAUAUACAUAAUUAUACUACCUUAUCUGAUUGUGGAUCAUAUUAUCAACCGACAAAUGGAGUAUCUCCAAAGACAGCUCAAACAUUUUGUUGUUGUUGUAGGGAUCCUUACCUAAAAACAAACAUUAAAGUUGUUGUUCUUUCUAUUGUUCUUACAAUUGUCGGGUUAAUUAUUGGUGUUUUUGGUUUUAUUGCAAUUUUUUGUCUAUCACAUAUAGAUCUUCAAGCAUGGUUAUUUGUUAUUGUUGGAAUUUUAUUUUUUAUUCCUGGUUGUUAUCAUUGUGUCUACAUUCUUUGUGUGUUGUCAGGUCGACCUGGAUAUAAGUUUGAAAAUUUACCAACAUUCAAAAGACCUUUACCAUUAUAUUUUAAUAUUUCUGAAGAUAAUACUGAAUAUGCUCUUAUCGAAGGUAUCGGACAUUCUGGAGUUUGUACAAAUGUUGUUACUAAUGCUUUUGAAAUAUCUAGAAAUAAUCAACUUCAAAUUUCAGAAUAUUCUAUAAUAUCUCACUUUCAUCGCAUAUUUUUUACAACUGAUGAUAAACUUAAAAGAAUAGUUGAAUCAAAAAAAGGAUUAUGGAAUGUUGUUGUUCCUGAUGAAUAUAUUCCUUUUGUUCAAAGUCUUUCAUCUAAAUCACUUGAAGAUCUUCAAAAAGUUGAGUUGGAAUUCAAGUUUACCAAUGAAUUUGAUGCUUCUGAUUGUUUAUUUAAAGACUCUGUUAAUGAUAAACAAGGAAUGCAAUUUUUUAAUUUAUUAGUUGAUAUCAAAAAAAAUUUAAAUUAUGAGGAAUGGGCUAAUUAUAACAAUGGUAAAAGCUAUCUUAUCAGUCCAGAAAAAUAUGAAUUUAAAGAAUGUGAUAUUCCGCCACUUCCUGAUGCAAAAUAUCUUGGAAUGGGAAGUUUUAGUAGUGUUAGACAAGCUGGUAAUAUAAAAAAUGAUAGUGCUGGUCUUAUUUAUGUUGUUGAUUCUAUAAAAACUGCAUUCCAUGUACCACAAUUAUUGAUUGAAAAAUUUGAUGAAAUGAUAACAAGACCUGGAACAGGAUUAGUUUGUCAUUGUAUUCAUUUAAGUAGAAAAGAAAUAAUUAUUCAUGAUAUUGAUGAUUAUGGAGCUGAUACUAAACAAAUUAUUAUUAAUAAUGAAAAAAUGACAAUUCAAGAAUAUUAUUUAAAAAAAUAUAAUAUUACAUUGAAAUUUUUAUCACAUCCUCUUAUAAUACAAAAAAUUAAACAAAAUGAAGAUGGUAAAAAGACAAAGAGUUUAAAUUAUUAUCCAAUGAAACUUUUAGAAGUUGCAGAUUAUCAAAAAGUUAAACAAAAAUCUCAAACACCAGAUCAAAUAAGAUGUUUAAUAAAAGCAUGUUCUACAAAUCUUUCUACUAGAUGUUUUGACAUACAACAGAUGAUACCAAAUUUAAAAUUCAAACAAAAAAGUGUAAAUAAUUUUUUAAAGUUUGUAAAUAAAUAA